AUGGCCCCUCCUACUCCCACCUCUAACCCUUUCGCCGCCAUGAGGAACUUUGGUGGUAUGGUGUCGUCUGCUCUUUCCUUCGGCGACAGAUCUCGCCAAGUCUCCUCCCUCGGCCUCGGCACCCUUUCUUUGGGGGAGCCGUCUGGCGAUGUCCCGCCUCCUCGCUCCGCUUCUCCUCCCGCCGGUCCUCCCGCUGGUUCUCCCUCUGCUUCUCCUCCUCCUGGUUCUCGCUCUGCUUCCCCUCCUGCCGCCAGCCCUCGCCGCAGGACGCCCGCCUUUCGUCCUGACUUCGAAGGAAAAGGGGGUGAUUAUAGUGAUGAGGAUGAUAGAAUCGUGUCGGAGGGUGAAACCGAGUUAGAGGAACACUCGGAUGAUGAUAUGGUGGCGGUUAGUGUAGAGGACAACAACGUAGAUAGUCCUGAGCCCGCUCCUGCCCCUCCCCCUGCUCAAAUUGUGGGCCAGAAACGACGCCGUUCCCUCUCCUCUUCUUCUUCUUCCUCUUCUUCUUCUUCCUCUUCUUCUUCCUCUUCCGGGGUUCUCCCCCCCCCCAACGCCAUCGCCGCUGCUGCCGCCAUCGCUCCUGCUGCCGCCGCCGGUCCUGCUGCCGCCGCCCCCGUCGCUGCUCCCCCCCCUUCUCCCAGAGGGGAGCCUUCGCCCAAACGGGUGAAGAGAUCACUGCGGGAAGAAGAGUACUUGUGGGAGAAGAUGAAGUCCGAGCCUGGUUGUUGGAUCGCAGUUGGUGUUGACGAAGCGUGUGAUCGUUGCCGACGUGAGAUUAUCACGUAUAAUCGUCCAAACUGGCCCUGCCUCAAGGCAGUCAGGCCACACAACAAGGCCCUCCGUUGUGCUUCAUGCACGUCUGGCCCCUGCUCCUUCUGUCCUGUUUCCUCUGCCCGGGACAUCCCGCCCCGUCCCUCCGACUCUUCGCCCUUCCCCCCUCCUCAGACUCCAGCGUCUGUCCCCCGCUCGCGGGUACCUCCUUCGUCUCUCCGGUCGGUUCGCCGUACUUCGCCGGACCUCCGCCCGUCGCCUCCGUCGCCGUCGCCCUUCGCUCCUGUGGCCGGCCCAUCACGUCUCCCGGCUGUUCCUCCUUCGUCUUCUCGCCGUCCUUCGGCCUCUGCUCCUUCGGUCUCCCGUCCUUCGGCCUCUCGUUCUUCGGCCUCUCGUCCUUCGGCGCCACGGAAAUCUAAAGAGAAGGAGGUUGCCUUCAAUGAUGGUGAUGUGGAAGGUGAAGAUACUCAGCGUGCUGGUCCCUCUGCUCCCCGGUUGUCCCUCGUCCACCCUCGUAUCUCCCUGGACGUCCGUAUUCCUGAGGACGAAAAGGAAUUCGCCACUUAUCGUUCUCUCGUCCUCGGUCUCACUACUCAGCUUGAGGCCGCCCGAAAUGAUACAUCUCUCCUGCUUGACUUCUCUUCUCGUCAAGCUAACGCUUUAAACAAUCUUACUGCGGCGUUAGUAGAUGUAGUCAACACUGGGGCUCUGGACGACGAAGCAAGGACAAGGUUAGCGGACGUCUCUCGCCGAAGCCUUACUGAGAUAGCCGAUGUUCGCCGAAGACUGUUCGACACCCCCUUCCUAGUCACUCCUAUGGCGUAUGAGCCACCACCGUCCCUUGACUGGUUAGGUCGCCGUAGUAGUUCUCGUGUCCCAGCUUCCGCCCAGACUGCUCUAGACCUCCUCAGUCUUCCCUUCGAGUGUCUACGGACCAUACGUUCUCUGUGGAGGACUCCGAGCAUGCAAGCUGCUCGAGAUGUCCAGGACUUCGGUGACUUCUUUGGGGCUAUGAAUCGGGCAUGGAAUGCUUCUCUCUCUACUGCGUUCCCGUCUGAGACUCUCGAUCUACCUUCGGUCAUCGGUAGCCUCCACACCAAUCCCGCGGGACCGAGUAGAUCGAAGGAGAAAGGAAAAGGAAAAGGUAAGGGUAAGAGUAAGGACAAGUGA